AUGGUGCCAAACAGUCGCGUAGUUGAGAAACGAGAAACAAUUAAAUUGUCACCGAUAUUUUUGAAUCAAAAGAUCAUUAUGAAAACGAUAAAGAAAGAAUUGUUCGCAUGGGUUUGUAAAAAAUACGCAAUGAAUAGUUUCAUGGAUAGGCAUCUGUUACGAAAAAAGGCUCUCGAACUGGCAAACAUGCGUGGCUUUAACGGAUUUAAAUGCUCGGAUAAAUGGUUGACUAUGUUUCUGAAAGAGUACGGCUUCUCUACCAAUUUAAUAAGUCAGACGGGCCCGAUGUUCGCCAAUUACCGUGACUGGAUCGAUCUGAUGAGAUCGACGAUAAACAAGUACAGGCACAAGGAUCUGUUUCAUGUGGACGAGAUGACCAUGUACUCGGACAUUUUCCCUUCGGAAAUCUCGCCUAACGGAGCCGAAGAUUCAACCGAGUUGCCGAGGAAGCAGAUAACGAUUUUAAUGUGCUGUAAUUCCUCAGGAACGACGAAACUGCCGCUCUUGAUCUGCGGACCGUAUUCGUCCAAGAUAACGGUGAAGGAGCACGUUUAUUGUCAGAGUGAGGAUUACCGUAUCGGGGACGAGCUGUUCAGAAAUUGGCUGUCAGCCGUGAACGAUCGUAUGAUAAAGUGUCAUCAAAAAGUCUUGUUGUUUCUACGACAUAGCAGAGCUCGUUCAUUGAAGGAUUUCAUAGCGAGCAACAUACAGCUCGUUUACUUUCCUGAGGAUUUUCCGCCGUCUUUACGACCGUUGCGGAGAGACAUUUUUCAUUAUGUCAAGAUGGUUUUCAGACGAAGGUACGCAGAACGAUUGAAGCAGUACACUGCAAAAUGGGAUCUUCGCAGCAUUCUAACAUCUUUGAUCGAAGCAUGGGAGUCGAUACCACGGGAGCUGAUAAUUUUCAACUUUCAAAGAACGCGCUUUAGGACCGACGACUGUUUUCUCCAGAUCAACUGCGAUUUCUGGAACAGUUUGAAACUCGGUAUCUCGUUCAAAAGAUUCGUGACAUUCGAUGACGAUCUCUCAGACAGACCAACAACGUACAAAAAUAUCGGUCGGUGUCACCGUUAUAAAAUCCCGAACUGCAAGAACGUUAUAGAGAUUAACGAUGACCCUUUCAAUUGUAAAUUUGAGAAUAUAAAUCAAAAUAUUAAAGAAUCGAUGAUUCAAAAGCUAUCGAAUGAAUCUGUUCGAAAUCUUGAAACGAUGCCUACGGAUUUAAAAAAACAUACGUCUGCCACGGUAACGAGUUACGAGAAAAGUUGUAACAAUAACGCAAAGCAUAGCAGAUUGAAGGGAAAUGCAAUCAAAGCAAAUAGCGGACAGGGAAAGUCCCAAAAGAGAACCUACAGUGAUACUCAAUUUUCUACGAAUGGAUGGAACGACAAUCGAUGUACGUCCAGACAGAGAAAUAUCGUGGUAUCGAAAGAUCUGAACGUUAAUCCUUUGAUAUCGACCAGAGGAAAGACGUUGAGGGAUAGGAUAUCUAAGGAAAGAAAGUCUUUCCAAUCAAUCACGGACAAAACAUUGACUUUGUCGUCGAUUUCGAUCACGGAAGCUAAUUGUACCAAAAAGUUAACGGAUGAUAUUAAUAUGACUGAUCAUGAAAUUAUGACGAACCCUAACAAUUUGGCACAGUUUAAAUAUUUAAAUAAUAAACAUAACGACACAAAAUUCAAGUGCAUGAAUCAAGAAACAGGGCGAUCCAUCUUCGAUUUUUUGAAUAAAUUUAACCAACCAUCCACCUCUACGAACAAUUGGAAUGUUCUCUCUGAAAAAAUCGAUCAAGGUACAUCUCAACUAGAAGUAAAAGAUCCAAUCACAAAUGACGAGAGCAGCUUGUCUUCCGUUCACCGAACCAACUUACAUUUUACAAAAAAGAAACGACAAAAAUCUCCGGAAUCGACCAAUGUCGAAGAUGAUUCUCAAAUUAGCAAACAGAGAGGGAAAAAAUUGAAAACAGAUCAUAAUUGGUUUAAACAGUUUGAAACCACUUUUGUUUUUGGUUCCCCGAAUAGAAGUUUUUCUUUGGUUCAAAGUGAUGAAAAUAUUGUUGACUCGGGCAUUUUUAACAUAAGUCCGUUUAUUUCUUCAAGAGAUUAAGGAAAUAUAAAUUUUGUAAUUCGUUGUAA